CAAAGCAUCUCUCGCCCACAAAAGUUCCACUUCGCAUUCUCUUGCCAAUUUUCUGUUUUGUCCACCCACAUUCCUUUUGCUCUGCAACUCCACGUUCACAAAGCCUGUCACAGAACACGAGCGAACCCCACAACACGUCGUUUGAAUAAUCACCUCUCUUUGCCUUGUUCCCCUCUCCACUUGGCUUGAUUAUCUUGUCCAUGACCCCCUUUCCUCCAUGCAAUUCGCCUGAUUUGCUUGUAGCGACUUUUCCAACAAGUCUUUGUCUCUUUUUUUGAGUAGUCAGCAAAUAGUUUGUGAGGGAUGGGUAUUUUGGAAGAUCUCCUCUCUCACAAUGAUGACUGUUUCCUAAUAUAAACGAGCCUAGUAUAUUGCUUUCCACUGGGUAUUCUAGAAAGAGAGGGCUUGAAGAGAGAGAGAGAGAGAGAGAGAGAGGCCAUUUCGGUGUUUUAUGAAAGUCUUGAAGGAAAUUAAGAAGUCAAGCUAGCUUUCACUCUGCAAAUUCAUCCAACAAUUGUUUUGAUUGUCUCCAGUAGCUGUGAAAUCCACCAGUGCUACCAUAUAGUCCCAGUCUGUUCUAGCAUAUGCAUUGUCUCACCCAGUAGAGCGAUGCUAGUUCCUCAUAAGGUAUGUUUCCGAAUGAGCAUGCUUUUGGUGGUUUUCUCACUGCCAAUGUUCGCCGGCUCCUCUCAAGAACGAAAUGUAGGAAGUCAAACAAGCAGCAACACGGACGCUCAUAAGGUGAGCUCUCGGUUGUUGUUCGAAAUCACGCUGCACGGAUUCCUCCUCUGGGCUUCAUUGGGGUUGCUGAUGCCUCUAGGAGUUCUUAUCAUUAGAAUGUCAAAAGGAGAGGCAUGUGGAAGAAGGCUCAAGACUUAUGUUCGUGCCCAUGCUAUUCUGCAGAUGCUCUCGGUGCUCCUUGCCACAGCAGGAGCUAUCAUGUCAAUCAAGAACUUCGGCAACUUGUUUAACAACCAUCACCAAAGAAUUGGUUUAGUAUUAUAUGGGAUCAUAUGGCUGCAAGCUCUGAUCGGUUUUCUGCGCCCAGUAAGAGGAUCCAAAGGAAGAUCUCCAUGGUUUUUCAGUCACUGGACACUUGGAACCACGGUUUCACUGCUGGGAGUGAUCAACAUAUACUCAGGUUUACUAGCUUACAGCAAAAAGACGUCGAGAAGUAUAAGGCUCUGGGUGAUACUUUUUACUGUUGAGGUCUCCUUCAUUUCAUUCUUCUACCUGCUGCAAGACAAGUUGGAGUACAUACAAAAGCAGGGAGUCAUUUUGGGCAAUGAACGUUCAAGACCAAUUGACCAGACGGCCUCUCACGGUGUCAAGCAGGAGUCGUUCAUUGAAUCUGGUUGAGAUUUUAUAUUUGCUCAACGCGGUGCUAUUAACAUUCCAAUUGAUUAUUUUUGUCCGUUUUUUAUACUCCAAUGUUCACGUUCUUUGGAACCACCACGUCGGGAGUGUGUGAGGCAUAGGAUAGAGAAGCGACAUACUAGAUGUGCAAAGUUUAUUAAGAGGAACUACACUGUCUUCCCUUCUGCAGUUGAGAUUGGAUGUGGAAAGUUUUUUCCAAUGAAAAUGAAAGGUUUAAAAUACCUCUGUUAUUUUA